UGACGUUUCUCCUUAUUUUCCAGUAUUAAACCUUGGGGGAGGGAUCCUUGAGUUCUGUCGCACAACUACGGUAGACUGGAGGCUGUACUUUCUGACUACUGUUGUUGUUAAGAGUCAGGCAGCCAGUGGUGGGUCUAAACGAGGAUACGCAAAAAUAGCUUUUAAAGGCGAUUAGCUAUGACGGUCGCUAACGGAGGGGCUUCGCGGGAAUGUACGUAAAGAUGAGGAUUCCUCCGGUGUGGGCGCUGGGCGCUUGCCAGACUGGGUGAAGUGAGAACUAAGAGGGAAACCCACUGAGGAAGAACCACCACCUGGGGCUGCUGAGGAGGACCUCUGUGCAGGUUCACACGGCCAUCGGCAGGGUGGAGCUUCCUGACCCAUGGAGAAUUAUUUCCAGGCCGAGGCCUUUAACCUGGACAAGGUGCUGGACGAAUUCGAGCAGAACGAAGAUGAAACAGACACGCCGAUUCUCUCGGAUGCCAAGUGGACUCAGAUCUUGGCCCCACCUGCCCACAUGCUCUCUUUGAACCCUGCACUGGCCCAUGCAGAUCUCAGUCCCCGGGAAAGUCCUCUUCCCUUUAAGUCCCUCAGCGAUUCAUCCUCCAGUGCCUCGCCAGGAGCUGACCCUAAAAGGCAACCUGGGCCAGAACCUUCAUCCUGGGUAGAGGAGAGGCCGGCCGACGUCCACAGCCCACCCCUCCCUCAACCAAACAUUGGCAAGCUGGUGGGCACCGACGACCUCUUGCCACCCCCUGUUACGGCCUGUAGUGCCGUGGAGAACGGCUGCCCGGGUAGCCCACAGCUGGAUGGGCUCAGCGAAGAGAUAAGUUCUCCUACAGGAGUCCAGCCUGGUGCCCCUGACCAGGCACAUAAACCUGGAGAGGCGCCUGGCUCAGUUGGAGGGGGGAGUUCCACUACUACUCACUCCCACUUUACCUUUGAGGUGGGAUUAGGACAGAAAAAAAGUCCCCCUGAAAAUAUACUCCCAGAUCUUUCACCUGCAACGCAAAAUGGGGAAAGUGUUCAAGAUGAGAGCAGCACUGCUGUUUUACAAGACUUUGGUCCAGAAAGGCAAACUGUUAACUCAAAAAAGGAGCAGGAAGAAAGUGUGAAUGGGGGUGAAGUGUUUCAGACUGUGUGUGAGUUUAAGGAGAAAGUCAUGUCUCCUGGUAGGGCCAGAUUGGAGGAGAAGGAAAAGAGAUGCGAUCCUGAAGGACAGAUAGACCAGCUCCACAGAAUAACCAGCCUUCCUAAUGGUUUCAAACAGGAGAUCGAGAGCAACUCCAAGCUUAAGGACACGGAGGAGAAGCAUGAGGAGGAAGACUUUUCUCCCUCUUCUGUGCCCUCCAAGGAAGACUCUGUAACUGAGGAGAAAGAAAUGGAGGAGAGCAAGCAGGAGACGAGUGAAGGUGGAUCAGUGGGGUCAGGUAGCAACCAACCAAAACUCAACAACAACCGGCUUCAGCCUGUCAGCGUUCCCUACGGAGGGGCACGGCCAAAGCAGCCAGUCAGCCUCAAACUCCAGAUCCCACAACCGCUGUCGAGCCAGGUCCAGAAUCAGCUCGGCCCGUCUGCUGUAAGUAAGAACAAGAACCUCGACAACCAGUGUCGGAGAGGCCUGCCGUCUGAAGCAUCGCCUGGUGGCACGGAUCAGGGUGCGGUCAGUGUGAACGGAGACCAUUCUCCAUCACUGAUGCCCUCAGAGAGCCCAGACAAUGACCUUCAGGCUGGUCAGCAGGGUGCUCUGUGCAGAAAGGCUCCAAUCACACUGGGAGAGGUCGCCCCAGUGUGGGUGCCGGACUCCCAGGCUCCCAUCUGCAUGAAAUGUGACGUCAAGUUCACCUUCACCAAGAGGAGGCACCACUGCAGGGCCUGUGGCAAGGUGUUCUGCGCAGCGUGUUGCAGUUUGAAGUGUAAGCUUGUGUACAUGGACAGGAAAGAGGCACGCGUUUGUGUCACCUGUCAUUCAGCCCUGACAAGUGCUCAAUCAUGGGAGACACCAGCUACUUCAAGUAAUCAGAGUCCAAACCCAAACAACCCAGCAGAGUAUUGCUCCACCAUCCCCCCUCUGCAGCAGGCUCAGGCCUCUGGGGUUCUCAGCUCCCCCCCUCCCACCGUCAUGGUGCCCGUGGGAGUCCUGAAGCAGCCUGGCAAUGAGGGGUCCCUCUCACGAGACCAGAGGAGGGUGUGGUUCGCUGAUGGGGUCCUUCCUAACGGUGACACAGCAGAGUCCUCCAAACCUUCAACUUCCAGCCCAGCUCCCUCUCAGUCACGGGGAAUCUCUGCAUAUUCAAACAAAUCUUCUACAUCCGAGUCCUCAGAGGCAGCCCAUACCCCUGUUGCCCCGGUGGGCAGCCCCGUGGGCAGCUCUCUCAGUCUGAUCCCGGAGGACGGGCUCCCUCCCAUCCUCAUCUCCACCGGAGUCAAAGGAGGUACGGGAGGCCACAUCACAGAUUACGCUGUAGAGGAGAGGCCUUCAGAGAUCAUCCUCAUGCAGCAGUUGGAGGAGGGAGGUCCAGACCCCCUGGUGUUCGUUCUCAACGCUAACCUACUCGCCAUGGUCAAGCUUGUGAACUAUGUUAACCGGAAGUGCUGGUAUGUGACGACUAAGGGCAUGCAUGCUGUCGGUCAGGCAGAGAUUGUUGUGCUGCUCCAGUGUCUGCCUGACGAGAAGACCAUUCCAAAGGACAUAUUCACCCACUUUGUGCAGCUCUACCAGGAGGCUCUCAGUGGCAACGUGCUGAGCCACCUGAGUCACUCGUUUUUCACGCAGAGCUUCCUGGGCAGCAAGGAACAUGGCGGCUUCCUCUACAUCAGCCCCUCCUUCCAGUCGCUGCAGGACCUGCUACUGCCCAAUCCGCCCUACCUCUUCGGCAUCCUCAUCCAGAAGUGGGAAACGCCCUGGGCAAAAGUCUUCCCCAUCCGCCUUAUGCUGAGACUGGGAGCAGAGUACCGAUUUUAUCCGUGUCCACUGUUCAGUGUUCGCUUCAGAAAACCUCUGUUUGGAGAGACCGGUCACACCAUCAUGAAUCUGCUUGCAGACUUCCGUAACUAUCAGUAUACUCUACCAGUGGUCAAAGGUCUGGUUGUGGACAUGGAGGUGCGAAAGACGAGCAUCAAAAUCCCCAGCAAUCGCUACAAUGAGCUGAUGAAGGCCAUGAACAAGUCCAAUGAACACGUGCUGGCCAUGGGGGCGUGUUUCAACGACCGAGCCGACUCGCAUUUGGUGUGUGUCCAGAACGAUGAUGGGAACUACCAGACGCAGGCAAUCAGCAUCCAUCACCAGCCACGCAAAGUUACUGGAGCCUGCUUCUUUGUGUUCAGUGGUGCUUUGAAAGCCUCAUCUGGCUUCUUAGCCAAGACCAGCAUUGUGGAAGAUGGAGUGAUGAUCCAGAUCACAGCUGAAACCAUGGACUCUCUUCGGCAAGCCCUGAGGGACAUGAAGGACUUCACCAUUACAUGCGGUAAAGCCGACCAGGAAGAGAACCAAGAGCUCGUCCACAUCCAGUGGACAGAGGAUGAUCACAACUUUAAUAAGGGCGUCAUCAGUCCAAUCGAUGGCAAAUCUAUGGAAUCCAUCACUAGUGUGAAGAUCUUCCACGGCUCUGAGUUUAAAGCAAAUGGCAAAGUCAUCCGCUGGACUGAGGUGUUCUUCCUCCAGAGCGAAGACCAAACCAACGGGCUCAGCGACCCGGCCGAUCACAGCCGGCUGACAGAGAAUGUGGCCAGAGCUUUCUGCAUGGCUCUGUGUCCACACCUAAAGCUGCUGAAGGAGGACGGCAUGGCCAAACUGGGACUGAGGGUCACUCUAGACUCUGACCAGGUGGGUUACCUGGCAGGAAGUAAUGGGCAGCCUCUCCUGUCUCAGUACCUGAGUGACCUGGACAGCGCUCUGAUCCCCGUCAUCCACAGUGGGGCAUGUCAGCUGAGUGAGGGCCCUGUUGUCAUGGAGCUGAUCUUCUACAUCCUCGAGAUCAUCUCCUAAGAGCCCAAAACCUCCCACUAACCUGCACACUUCACCUCCAAACUGUUUUUUUUUAUUUUUAAUACCUUCUAACAUCAUCUUACAGCUUGGUCAUCUCCCUCCAACCACUUUCACCUCAAAAGAGCCAGAAAAACUGUGCAGUGCCUGGUGGGGUAGCAUUCUUCAAGUUAAACCUAUGCAUCCACCCAUCCUUGGUUUAGUUCCAGAGGGAUUCUGGGGCCCGAAGAAGCUCUGAGCAGGAUUCUCCAUCACCUCUGCUGACAGGUGGAGUGAUCUCUGGUCAUCUCCACAGAUUAGUCUGUCCUGAUACCCACACUUGUGACAUGCUUUUAUCAACUCUACAGUUGAAUUUCCAGAGCAAUUAGAUAACAAUUAUCAACAUUAAGAGGAACAUCAUCAAGUUUGAUAAAGUAUUUGAAGGAGGUACGGUUGGUAAAAACUGAUAAGAGUGCAGACGUUUUGGACAGAAUACCGUUUGGACAUGGGCAAUCCAACCUAUUCAUGUGCUAACGUUGGUUCAGACAGUACAGCUAAUAACUCUGCAUGUGUUAUCGUCUCGGUUAGAAGACGCUCGAUAUAUUUUUCAGUCAUCAAAGACUUCUUAAAGUGGCCUAAAAUAAUCAUUUACAAAAGUAGAAUUGUUGUGAAUGUAAGUGUGGAUCAAUCUGCUAACAUCUGCUAACGACACUGAACCAGUGCCACCAAUUUCCUGAUUUAGGUUUCUUUUUUUAAAGAAAAAAAAAGUGCAGAAACAACAUCCUCAAGUGAUCAGUCAACAUGUUUGGGGACAAAAAUAAAAAAUUACAUACACUUUCUUUAUCUAAAACCAGCCUUUUAAAAUACACAAACUGGGCAGUCUGACUAAAAUCGUAUUAAAUCAAAUUAGAUUGCCAAACCCAGAUAAUCCUAUUGAGAAUCAAAUUUCUCCUGCAUGUAAAUAUUUGCGGGACCCAAACUGGCCCUUUACUCUCUGUGAAUGCUCUCCAGUUACUGUUGUGGGAUUUGAAGUAAGAGAAUCGGGUAACAGUAGAAGAGCAGUAAGGGAAUACAUACGUGCUGUUAAUGUCAUAAAUCAUACACUAAAUGUACAGAAAUGUAAAGCUGUCCAAUUCACUGCUCAGAACGGCACCAAACUGCUACUAGCUAAAAUCUCAACUGGAAAAUGCCCAAAACUUGAAGCCGAAAUGGAGCAUACCGUCAGCAAGCAAACCAGAGGGAGUUGUGAAAUGAUGCAGAGAAGAAUAAUACCUUGUACAUCAGAUGUAAGUCAGCCUCCUGUCCUGCUGCUGUUAAAACUGCAGCAACACAAUCCCACAGCCUCAGAUUCAGGUGGGUUGUGGUAAGAUGAGACCAGGACUGAUUUCCUACUUCAGUCAUUAACUCCACUUUGGAAACAUAAGUGUGACUUAUGUGUAAUGCACUAAUCUCCAAUUCAGUGCUUAAAGUGUGGGUAUCUGGGCAGACCUGUUAGAUCCUCAGCUGCUUACUGGACAUCACUGUGGCAGCUGGAGGCUCUGAAGCAGUGAACUCUGGGUAAAACAUGCCUCUGUGUAGCACAGAUGCUGGUACAAGGGAGAUGCAUAUCGAUUGCUAAAAAGUUUGGACGAUAUUUUAAAAGAAAAAAAAUGAAACAGAAGAGGAAGGUGCCUCUGUGGCGAUUUUCGUCAUGUUUUUUUGCACGACGGUGCUCAGUGCCUGCAGCAGAGAAUCAUCAAGGGAGGGGAAAAAAAAAAUCUUGGCACCACUUUAAGCUUUACUCAUCACUGACCAAAUGCAUUAUGUCAUGAACAACUGCAUUGACUUGUAUAUAUUUUUAUAAGCAGAACAAUUUCUCUUCCCAUUACAUUAUCUGUAGCCUUCAGAGAUCCCAGUAUUAUUGACGUGACCAUCAACAACUCUUCUGACUGAUGCCCUGUGAAAUAAGAUUACAUGUUACUCUGACACUGUUUAACCCUCAUGUCCUACACAGCUGAUUUAGGGGGGGGGGACGGGUUUCAAUGCUUUAUGAUUAACUCAAACAAUCUGUACAUAAAGCUCAAGGACAAGAGGGAAAUCUGUUUUUUAACCAUACCAUCAUCCUCAGCAUCUCAGCUUAUUUUGGUCUUUUUAAUCAUACAAAAAGAAAAACUGUUAAAGAUGUAAAGAUAUAUAAAUACAUACACUAUAUAUAUAUACAUAUAUAAAUAUAGAAAAACUAUUAAAUUGCAGAAGCAGUGCACUGGAGUCUAAGCCAUUUACAGGAGUUGGCCCAAGCGACAGGGUUGCACUGUGUCCUUGUACACGGGUUUAUUUUAGCAGCUGGAUAGAAAAGAGCAUCUGUAAAGACCCGGGGCUGAAUGUAUCUCAUCUCACGUUUUCUGCAUCCUUCUAAAGCCCUCAAUGAAAGACGUUGCAGAACUCUGAGGAAGUGUUUUCAUGGGCCUCAACUAGUGCAUCUACGAUCAGAUUAUUCUGCAGCCGCUCUGUCUGCUCCAGACUGUGCCCUCCUUCAGCAACAUGGACCUGGAGAAGAAAUCUACGAAUGUAUUCCUUCUGUUUCUUAUUAAAACUUAAAAAAAAAAAAAAAAGUGCUUUUGUGUCUGCAAGACUAAUCACCAAAAA